AUGACAGUAGAGACGGGCGAACCCAUAGCUGUACCAAAACCUGUUGAUAUCACAGUCUACGCGAAAAUGAUUGCUGGCUAUCAACCGGACAGGACAAACUCUGAUUGCAAAGCAGGUAAAAGAUGGAAUGGCUGCACUAGUCACUUUGCGGGGAGACCAGGUAUAUCAGGCGGAAAUGGAGGAAACGGCGGAGAUGGUGGGAGAUCAGGAAAUGGUGGUGAUGCAGGCCAUCAAACUCUUCAUGCCUUGACAGUGAAAGGGAAAAUCGAAUUAACUUCUUGUCGUGGGACUGGAGGGCAGCCGGCAAUAAACGGAUUAGGAGGAGCCGGUGGUUUAGGUGGACGUGGUGGCCGCGGGAUAAACUGUAGGAAGAAGGAGAGAUGUGGCGGAUUCAUAAUGUAUACCUGUAGCCAUUGGUGUGAAUCAUCCGGACAAACUGGCGAGGCCGCUCGCGGAGCAACUGGAAGAAGCGGAAGCAACGGAAAAGGACUCGUAGCAAAAGGCUCCAAUGGUCAGGUGGAAAGUUCUUAUCUUCAGAAAUUUAGUUUGGGUCCCGAGCAAUUGAAAAAGUAUCCUCUGCAGCUGAUAAAGAUGAUGACAAGAUAUGGUGAAGAACUUCUGUGGGCCAACGAUGUUAAAAAAAGCGACGCUGUGUUCAAGUUUGUUGUAAACUUGUCAAAUGGCAAUCCUGAAGCGUCUGAAUUGAGGAGAGUGGCAAAGAGAAGACUGGCUUUUAUGAACAAAGUAGGAUAUGACAGAUUUGGAAAGAACCAGCUGUUCGCACCUAUUAUCAAAUGGGAGGCCCUCAAGAAACAGGUCGAAGUAAUCAAAGAUCGUGCAGAAACGUUUGAGAACGCUUACAAUGCUAUCAAAGAAUCGAUUACACGGCAGGAUGACGUUAAGACAAUAGUAAAAGCACUACCACGGACUACCAGACUUCAAGUUGUAAAGCAAAAAAACAGACUGGAAGAGGCCAGACGAGUAGCAGUGAGCGAAAAGGGAGCAUAUGUGUUGGCUAUUGGUGAGCUGGAGGCAAGCAUGAAGAGUAAUCUGCUGGAAGCAAAAGCGAUGCUUCCAGACGUGUACGAAAAAGCAAAGUUUAACAGCGACGACUUAUUUGUCAUUCUUGAGGGAAUAACAGGAUUCUUUAGUGGUGCAAUGGGAAAAGAUCCUUUUGCCGCCCUUGGAUCAGCCCUCGGGGUUAUUGGGCAUUUUGCUGGCAAAUGUGACCUUGGCAAACUUCAGGGUAAUUUAGAUAAAGUAGAAAAAUGGUUGAAAUUUGGAAAGGACUAUGCUGCCCUGAAAGACUCAAGUGAAUUGGAUUUUGACAAAAUGGAUGUGGCUGCUGUACCUGAAGUAAUGCAGGCUAAUCUGGAAAUGAACAAAGAGGGACUUGCAGCGGACCUUGUUUGCCUGCUGGAUGAGAGGUCAAAACCCCGAAACUCGGCAAAGUUUCAAGAACAGAUCGAACGAUAUUUUAUCGCUGGUGCCGCAAGAAUCGAUCUCAUAGCAAAGGUCAUGGACUUGGAUAACGAAAUCGGUGGACAUAACUUUGACAUUCUGAACUUAGAAGAGACAGCAAAUGAAAUCGAAAGCCUUCGUAUCUCUGGUGAUUCUCCCAUCGCUGAAAGCACACAGCAGAUGUUUCUGGAUGGUUUACUUACUUCCUAUCAGCAUAUAGAAACAGGAUUUGCCCAACAAUUGUACCAGUUGUACAAAGGACUCGUAGCAAAAGGCUCCAAUGGUCAGGUGGAAAGUUCUUAUCUUCAGAAAUUUAGUUUGGGUCCCAAGCAAUUGAAAAAGUAUCCUCUGCAGCUGAUAAAGAUGAUGACUAGAUAUGGUCAAGACCUUCUCUGGGCUAACAAUAUCAAAAAAAGCGACGCUGUUUUCAAGUUUGUUGUAAAAUUGUCAAGUGGCAAACCUGGAGCGUCCGAAUUGACAAAAGUGGCAAAGAGAAGACUGGCUUUUAUGAACAAAGUAGGAUAUGACAGAUUUGGGAAUAACGAGCUGUUCGCACCUAUGAUGAAAUGGGAGGUCUUCAAGAAACAAGUCGAAGUCAUCAAAGAUCGUGCAGAAACGUUUGAGGACGCUUACAAUGCUAUCAAAGAAUCGAUUAAACGGCGUGAUGACGUUAAGACAAUACUGAAAGCGCUACCACAGGCUGCCAGACUUCAAGUUGUAAAGCAAAAGAACAGACUGGAAGAGGCCAGACGGGUAGCAGUGAGCGAAAAGGGAGCAUAUGUGUUGGGUACGAAGAUAGUUGGUGUCUCAUGCACAACAGACUAUGCUCAGCUUUAUCUGCUCUCGACCGAAAUAGACCCAUCUAAGAAUAAUUAG